CCAAUGGCCCUUUUUCCUCCUGUAGUUUUGGCAUGGCGUAUGAUUUUAUUGAUUCAGUGGGAAAUGAUGUGGAUGUUGUCUCUGACUCUGAAAACAUAAAAAAGCUCCUGAAGAUUCCGUACAGCAAGUCCCAUGUGAGCAUGGCUGUGCACCGCAUAGGAAGGACCCUCUUACUUGAUGAGCUGGAUAUUCAAGAACUCUUUAUGAGAUCAUCUCAGACUGGUGAUUGGACCUGGUUGAAAGAGUUUUAUCAAAGACUGAUAGAUCAGAAGUGGCAGAGAAAGAAAAAGAGCAAAGAACACUGGUACCAGAAGGCCAUCCUAUCCAAAUUUCUGUAUUACAGUAUCAAUGGUGAUGGAGCCGCCCAGCCUGUCCCACCCGCUGCGCAGCAGCAGGAACCAUCUGCUUCUGAUGACACCCCUGACUCUGAAGGGGCUUCAUGGCCUGCUCCUUUUGAAAUGCCAUCUUCAGUUCCCGAAGACCCUAGUGCUUCCAGUCAGGGCAGUGAGCCUCUUGAGCCCUCAUGCAUAGUGGGGCGUGUGGCCUCAGCACCCAAAGAGCAAAGCCUGACUACUUUGUUCAAUGACGGGGAGAACAGUCAGGGACUUAAAAAUGAUUUUGUCCGGAACAUUUUGUGGACAUUUGAAGAUAUUCACAUGUUGGUUGGCUCUAACAUGCCUAUAUUUGGUGGAGGCAGAUACCCAGCAGUCAGCUUGCGUCUCAGGGAUAACAACAAACCAAUUAAUGUGCUAACUGGAAUUGACUAUUGGUUGGACAACUUGAUAUGCAAUGUACCAGAGCUUGUGAUGUGUUUUCAUGUAAAUGGAAUUGUACAGAAAUACGAAAUGAUAAAGACAGAAGAAAUUCCCAAUUUGGAAAACUCUAAUUUUUCUACUAAAGUCAUAAAAGACAUUGCACAGAAUAUUUUGUCAUUUCUGAAAUCUAAUUGUACCAAAGAAGGACAUACAUAUUGGCUCUUCAAAGCAAGUGGCAGUGACAUAGUAAAGCUGUAUGACCUCACCACUCUCUGUGAAGAGACCGAAGACAAAUACCAGAACCCGUUCACCAUGCCGGUGGCUGUUCUCCUGUAUAAGGUUGCUUGUAACAUGAUGAUGAAGAAAAAUCAAAACAAGAAGCACUAUGGUACCAUCAGAACAUUGCUGCUCAAUUGUGUUAAGUUGCUGGACAAAAGCAGACAUCCUCAGAUUAUUGCUUCAGCCAAUUACAUGCUUUCAGAGCUUUUUCAACUGGAUGAACCUAAAAAGGAAGAAAGUUCAGAAUCUCCUUUAAAUGAGAAUUCUGAUGAAAGCUACAGUGAAGAGGAGGAGGAGUUGCCCGACAGUGAUGAAAAUGGAUCCUAUAGUGCCAGCUCUGAUCCACCAGAUGAUAACAAAGCAGUGGCAAUAAUUAAGUCUGUUGGAGAAUUGUCGGUACCAGAAAAGUACAAGUCCAUUCAUCAGAUCAGACCCAGUUGUGCGUUUCCAGUUUGCCAUGACACAGAAGAACGCUGUAGACUUGUCCUUAGUUAUGUUCUGGAGGGUUUAAAAUCUGUAGAUAGCAGCAUCAAAAAAGAAAGUGACCUUCCUGCGGCUGACCCCAGCACCCCAAUCCCCUUAAAAUAUGAGGACGAAUCUGCAAGAGGAGGCCCUGAAGGGUUAGAGAAGCAGAUGGCCUUGUUUUUAGACAAAAUGGGCUCUCUUCAGAAGGGUAAUUGUUCCAGUCAAUCUGGAAUGAUACCUGGUUCUUGGCAACAUAAAAUGAAGCUUCAGCUGAUUCUCAAGUCAUCUAAAGCCUAUUACAUCCUGUCUGACGCUGCCAUGAGUCUCCAGAAGUAUGGUAGAGCGCUGCGAUACAUCAAGCUGGCGUUGCAGAGCCACGAUACUUACUGCUGUCUCUGCACUAAUAUGCUUUCUGAAGUGCUGCUAUUCCUGUCUCAAUAUUUGACACUCUGUGGUGAUAUCCAACUCAUGCUGGCCCAGAAUGCAAAUAAUAGAGCAGCACACCUGGAAGAAUUCAAUUACCAAACUAAAGAGGAUCAGGAGAUCCUGCAUAGUCUGCACAGGGAGUCCAGUUGUCAAGGAUUUGCAUGGGCAACUGACUUGUCUACAGAUUUGGAAAGUCAACUCUCAGUUAGCUGUAAAUGCUAUGAGGCUGCUAAUGAAAUCUUGCAAUUUAGUGACUUAAAAAGCCAGAAUCCAGAGCACUAUGUACAAGUAUUGAAGAGAAUGGGUAACAUUAGAAAUGAAAUUGGUGUGUUUUAUAUGAAUCAAGCUGCUGCAGUACAGAGUGAGAGAAUGGUGAGCAAAUCUGUGUCUGCUGCAGAGCAACAGUUGUGGAAAAAAAGCUUUUCUUGUUUUGAAAAGGGAAUUCACAACUUUGAGUCGAUUGAUGAUGCCACAAAUGCUGCCCUUCUGUUGUGUAACACGGGAAGACUCAUGCGAAUUUGUGCACAGGCACACUGUGGCGCGGGGGAUGAACUCAAACGUGAAUUUUCUCCAGAAGAGGGCUUGUAUUACAACAAGGCUGUUGAUUACUAUUUGAAAGCUCUGAGGUCUUUGGGAACACGAGACACACACCCAGCUGUUUGGGAUUCUGUGAACUGGGAGUUAUCUACUACAUACUUUACCAUGGCCACUCUGCAGCAAGAUUAUGCACCGUUGUCCAGAAAAGCUCAGGAGCAGAUUGAGAAAGAAGUCAGUGAGGCUAUGAUGAAGUCCUUGAAAUACUGUGACAUUGACUCUGUGUCUGCCCGUCAGCCUCUCUGUCAGUAUCGAGCUGCAACCAUCCACCACAGGCUGGCUUCCAUGUACCACAGCUGUCUAAGGAACCAGGUUGGCGAUGAACAUCUCAGGAAGCAGCACCGUGCCUUGGCAGAGCUGCAUUACAGCAAAGCAGUAAAGCUUUUUCUGCUUCUCAGGGAUGCCCCGUGUGAACUGCUCAGAGUGCAGCUGGAGAGGGUGGCGUUUGCAGAGUUUCAGAUGACCAGUCAGAAUAGCAAUGUUGGGAAGUUAAAAACAUUGUCUGGAGCUCUUGACAUCAUGGUGAGAACUGAACAUGCAUUCCAGCUCAUCCAGAAGGAGCUCAUGGAGGAGUUUGACCAGCCUAAGGAUGGAGGGACUGCUCCAGCUGCUGAUUCUUCUCCUGGACUUAAUCGAGAGGAGGUGACAAAGCUCCUCAGUAUAUUUGAAUCUCGACUUUCAUUCCUUCUCCUUCAGUCCAUCAAACUGCUGUCCUCAACUAAAAAGAAAGCAAGUAACAUUGAAGAAGAUGCAGUCCUGAAAAACAACAAGCAGGUGUAUUCCCAGCUUUUGAGAGCGACUGCGAACAAAAGUGCCACUCUAGUGGAAAGGAUUGGUGUCGUCAUCCGUCUGCUGGAGCAGCUCUCCCGGGGGGCCGAGGAAGUGGGCAGCACCGGUGGCGGCGCCGUCCCAUGAGCACACAGAGCACGCCUGCAGUCGCUGUCAGUGCCUUCCACGCCAAGCGGCCCUGUCCAGCCUCUCUGCUGUCCCAUUGAAGGUGAGGAGAUGCUGCGUGAACAGGUGAGCAGCAGAGGCAGUCAUUUCCAGCGCGGACAGAGGCGGACGGUGGAGUCCUCUGCAAAGCUGCUGCUUCUGAAGUGCUUGAGGCAGAAGCAAGAGGGCUGCUCCAGCGCUGUGCUCUCUGUGCGAAGCACAUGGCACCUUGGUUUCCAUGGACUUUGUGAUGCAAUUACACUAGCGCUACACGAGUUUAAGAUCUGAUUAUUUUGGAAAAAAUGUUACUUUGGUUUAGAGACUUAUCCAGAUAAUUUUGUAAGUUCAAAUGAGUUAAACUUGCUGUAUAUCUACAGUGUUUCCUUCUAAAAUGCACAAAAACAAGGGCCCUUUUUAAGGUGUAGUGGGAGAUUUUUCAAAGAUAAACCUUGUGCAGUCUGUAUUUGAUGCAUGUUCUGACGGGGUUUUGUGUGAGAGUUGAUAAAGACUAGGUACUACCCCCUUUUCAUAUAAACCCAAAACUGUGAAUAAGGUAAGAAAACUAUUUUGAAUAAAUAAGCUAUUUAUUUAAAAUAU